ACCCACUAGAAAAACUAGAGGUGCGCCUAAAACGUCCAUCAUCGCUUCAAAUACCUCGAAUUUACCCGAUUCAUCGGUUGACAAAAAAGAUUCUAUUCCGGGCUCAUCUCCAAAUGCCUCAAAUCCUACUGCUUCUACUUCAUCGGCUACUUCUAAUCGUUCGUUACAACCUAUAAUAUCGGCUUCCGGUUCUUCUUCCUUAUCAAAUAAUUUUCCUCGUCGUGGUUUACCACAAAAAGACGUAACUCGUGCAAAUAUUGCUGAUCGUUAUCUAGAAUUUAUUCUUUAUUGUAACCCUUCUGCUCCUUCCGAUCUGGAUGUAUCUUCUCUCAUCCGUUCUUUCAAUUCCGUUCCUAAAUCUGAUGGUAAAACCUUUGAAACUUGGGUUCUAUUUCAACUUGUCUCUAAACAUCAUUCGGGCGAAAUAAAAACUUGGACUAAAUUGGCUCAACAAUUGGGUGUCGAACGUACUAACGAAUCAA